UUCCGUUAUGUUGCCGGAAGUGACAAAAUAAAAUAAACAGAGGAGCUGUCAGUGGAUCCAGAAAUUAAGAAGGAAAGCGAUUUUUAAAAAGAUAUCUUGCUUUUUAUGCACACUAAAAGGACAUUUGUAUGAGAAACUGGUGCAAAUCUAAUAAAAGGAGUGACACUGUCCUGCAAUGUUCACAGACAUGGACUAUGAACUGGAGGAGGACAAACUGGGGAUACCAACUGUACCUGGUACUGUGUGUCUGAAGAAAGACAGUAAUAACCUCAUUGGGAUCAGCAUUGGGGGUGGGGCACAGUACUGUCCUUGUCUCUACAUUGUCCAGGUCUUUGAUAACACCCCAGCGGCUCUGGAUGGGACACUGGCAGCAGGCGAUGAAAUCACAGGCGUGAAUGGGAAACCAGUGAAGGGAAAGACUAAAGUGGAGGUGGCCAAGAUGAUUCAAGCUGUCCAGGCGGAAGCAACAAUCCACUACAACAAACUGCAGGCAGACCCGAAACAGGGGAAGUCUCUGGAUAUAGUGCUGAAAAAAGUCAAACAUCGCCUGGUGGAAAACAUGAGCUCAGGCACAGCAGAUGCUCUUGGACUCAGUAGAGCUAUUCUAUGCAACGAUGGACUGGUGAAAAGACUGGAAGAGCUGGAGAAAACAGCAGAGCUCUACAAAGGGCUGAUGGAGCACACAAAGAGGCUGCUCCGAGCUUUCUUUGAGCUCUCUCAGACUCACAGAGCGUUUGGGGAUGUUUUUUCUGUCAUCGGGGUACGAGAGCCCCAAGCCGCAGCCAGCGAGGCCUUUGUGAAGUUUGCUGAUGCUCACCGCAACAUUGAGAAAUAUGGUAUUCAGCUGCUGAAGACCAUCAAACCUAUGCUCCACGAUCUGAACACUUACCUUCACAAGGCCAUACCCGACACGAAGCUCACCAUCCGCAAGUACCUGGAUGUGAAGUUCGAGUAUCUGUCGUACUGCCUGAAGGUGAAGGAAAUGGAUGAUGAAGAAUACAGCAGCAUUGCCAUGGGAGAGCCCCUGUAUCGAGUCAGCACUGGUAACUAUGAGUACCGGUUGGUGCUGCGGUGUCGGCAGGAGGCUCGGGCCCGCUUCGCCAAAAUGCGGAAGGACGUUCUGGAGAAGAUAGAGCUGCUGGAUCAGAAACAUGUCCAGGACAUUGUGUUCCAGCUGCAGCGCUUCGUCUCAGGCAUGUCACAUUACUACGACGAGUGCUACGCCGUCCUGAAGGAGGCGGAUGUCUUCCCCAUCGAAGUGGACCUCUCCCGCACCAUGCUCAACUACAGCAGCCAGCCUUUCUCCUACACUGGAGAUGAGGAGGAGGAGGAGGAGGGUGGAGGCGGAGAGGAAGGAGGAAGUGGUGCAGGCAGACAAGCAGAGAACGGUGCUGAGAAACUGAUUGAUGACGAAUGAGAGAGAGUGUGUGUGUUCUUCUGUCCCCUCUAACGUAACCGUUCUUCACUUCCAUCUAAUUAGGUGAAAACUACUGAAGAUUGCUGCUAUAAUGCUGUAUGUUGUCUUUUGGUGGCGUUUUCUUCCCAGAAAGCUUUAAAAUCAACGGCUUUGUUAUUGUUUUACCAAUGCAAACUUGGACUGUCAACUUUCUCUUUAAAAAGAUUUCCAGCUUUUUGACGUGACUGUCCUCCACAUGUGAAGGCAACUUUAUUUUAAUCUGAAUGUUAUGGAGGGGUUUUAAUGCGGCAGAGUAGGGUUUAUAUGCAUAUGAGUGUGCCUUCUUAGCUCUUGAUGAAGUGUAAAUUGUCUGGGAUGCGUUUCAUUGUGCAUAUCGUGGAUUGUUAAAGUUAUAUCUUAAAAUGUACACUUUAUUUUGUUAUUUUCUUUGCUACAAACUUGUCAUGUUUUGGACAGGGAUUUAUUUAGCUACUUAAACUGUUAUUUUGUGGUAAAUAUCAAGUGUCACUACAGAGACAUUUUCUCCUCAGCUUAACAAAUGACUGGCAAAUGACACUGAUGGAUAAAAAUACAAAAUGUGAAGGUGUAGUUGAAUAUGAUGACCGACGCAGACACGAUUCUGUUCCUACAUGAAGUGUUUGUUACAUGCAGCUGUUACACUCCUUUGUCCCCCUUUUCUUCUUCUUAGCACAUUUUUAGUUGUUACACAAGGGAGAGCUUGCAUUUGCCUCAGUGUCCAACUCUGAAAAGCUUCACAACCAGGAAGUCUUUUAAGGUCAUUUAGUCUGUUUCACCUGCUCAUACCGCUCGCUUCGAGUUAAAAAUGUGUUGCAAACUUUCCUCUCAACAGCAUGUGUUCUUAAUCCAGCAGUGCGCAGCUAGGAGGAGAAAGCUGAUGGACACACACAGCCUCACAGGGCUUUACCACUGUGUGGAAACCGAUUGACAAAUGCAAACACUACAUGUAAAUAAGUAUGUACAAAGGGAAAGGGUGUGAAAACUCUGGUGUUGUAACUUUUAUUGUCAUUCCCACUUUAUUUAUUCGUUUUUGUCAACAUUUUAAUUAUCAGUAAAAUGCAAGAUUGAUUCUAUAUUAUAGUGAAUAUAAUUAUCCAUUUGUGUGACUCUUCGUUGUCAGUUGUUCAUUUCACUUCAAGGGGAUAAGACGCUAUUGUGCAUUUUCAUGAUUUACUGUUGGGGGCAGCAUUGUAUCAGAUCACACUGUCCUGCAGUCAGAAAUGAGUGAAUUAAACAACAUUUUGUUCA